AUUGGAUUAGGAUUGCUGUAAUUGGGGCUGAAAUGAUUUUUUAGCUGAUUUUUAAGAGGGGAGGUCAUUUUGACUGGAUUGGGUUUGAGGAUGGAGGAGAGGCUGUAUGAUGCCGGCGAUGGCUCCGCUGGCAAUCCGAGCGCUGAGGAUGCCGCUGGCAAUCCGAGAGGUGAGGACGUCGCUGCCAACUCGAGAGGCGAGGACGACUUCAGGAGCUGCUGUGGGGACGAGGAGGAGUGGGAGGACACGGAGGAGUCCUUCAUGGCCGGCGUCUCCGAAGCGGAGCUCGACGAGACUUCAGUGCGGCUCUUCUUCAAGGGUGUGUCGAGCUCGGACGUGGAUGGGAAGAAGCUGUCCGGGAUCGGCGUGGUGAUGGAGAGGACACCUGGGGUGCCUCUUCACAGGGUGCAGAAGAAGCUGGAUUUCUAUGUGGAUGAGCUGGUGGCUGAGCACUUGGCACUCAUGGAUGGCCUGUUGGUGGCAUUGCAGAAGGGCAUACGCAAGAUCUUCGCCUUCACUAAUUCAGAGAAGCUAUACUUCCAGAUUGCAGAAGCUGAAAUUCUUGAAGACCAGCUUUUGGUAGCUUUAGGACACAGGAUUCUUGAACUGGUUGAGAAGCUGGAGGAUUUUGAUCUAAUAUUGCUUCCUAGCUUUGAACUUGAGAGGCCAUUGAAGUUGGCCAAAGAAGCAAUAGGCAUCGUGUAUGUAUCUCCCUAUGAGGUUGCCACCUGCCCGCUAUGCUGCGAGGAAAGACGAGGUUCUCAUAUGAUCAAGGUCGGCUGUUCCCACAAAUUUUGCUACAGUUGCUUGAUUGUGUAUGUUGAAGGCAGGCUGCAUGCCUCGAAGCUGCCUAUUAGAUGCCCACAGUUAAGGUGUAAAUAUCAUAUUUCGGCUGGUGAGUGUAAAUCAUUCCUUCCGGUGAGCAGCUAUGAGUCCCUGGAGAGGGCUUUCGCGGUGGGCGGCAGCACCUAUGACAUGGAGGGGUUCUAUUGCCCCUAUCCAAACUGUUCGGUUUCGUUAGACCUCAGUCAGCACUUCUCCAGGGCAGGCUCGUCCAGUCAGUCGGACCUCAAUUGCAUCGAGUGCCCGGAAUGCCACAGAGAUAUCUGUAUCAACUGUGGAGUGCCAUGGCACAUCAUGAUGGGGUGUGAUGAGUACCAGAGCCUGCCUGUCGAGGAAGGAGGUGCAGGGGACCUAUCUUUGCAUCGGCUAGCACAAAACAAUAGUUGGAGGCGAUGUCAGAGAUGUCGACGGAUGAUUGAACUAACGCAGGGCUGCUUCCACAUGACUUGCUGGUGUGGCCAUGAGUUCUGCUACUCCUGUGGCGCCGAGUACAACAACGGCGUACAGGCAUGCCAGUGCGUAUUCUGGGACGAAGACAACGCUGAGCCCUCGGCGGCGCAGUCCUGCCAGGCAUCUGAGAUCUGGGCGUGGGACACCUUCGACUGCAUGCCCACGGCCGCCGACGGCUACUCGGAGCAGGAGCGGGCGCAGCUGGCGCUCAUCCAGCGGUUCCUGGCGGGGGGUUUCAGCCUGAGCGGCGACCACCACCACCUGAGCCAGCAGUCGUCGCCGCCCCGCUGCGCGGCAGACUCGUACAUCGUCGACACCAUGAAGGACCUCCACCAGCUGCCGUGGCUCGAGCGGUUCGUGUCGGUGAUGAGCGACACCUACAACGACGACUACAUCCAAUGAAUGAAGAGUUUAAAACUUGAAUCAUAGAUAUAGCAUUAGAAAGAAGAUAUGAGAAUGCCGCAUAUACCGAUGACUUCCUGUUCGGAAUAAUGUGUUCCCCUGACAAAAAAUCCACCCUGUCGAAAAUUGGUUGACACUGGGAAAACAAAAUGAUACUUCCACCUU